AAAUACAUUUUAUCUCAUAAAAAAGGUCAUCUUGGGUAACUUUCCAGGAAGAAUGCUAUAAUCAGAUAAACUUUAACAGCCUAUAAAAGCUCAGAAUAUCUCGUUGCCAUCAAGGUGCUGCACUAUAUAACAAAACAUGGUUCAGUUAAAAACUAAUGUAAUUUUCUUGGUUUUCAUUAUGUGGGCAGUAAACAUUCUAAGUAGCUUGUUCUCAGUGUCUAAUAUUCUUCUUCUUUCAUUUUUCUUCAUUUGUUAAUUUUAUUUUAAAUCUAAAAAGUCAAACAUAUUCAAAUUUCCACCUGGGCCAACACCAGUUCCAUUAAUAGGAAACCUUCACCUACUGGACAGGAAGCAACCAGAUGUGACUUUAACACAGCUGUCAGAGAAGUAUGGCACAGUAUACACUUUCCACAUGGGUAUGCAAAAGAUUGUUGUGCUGACUGGUUAUGACACAGUGAAGGAUGCUCUUAUAAACCAUGCAGACGAAUUUGGAAACAGAGGGCGUUCACCACUUUUUCAAAAUGCAUUCAAAGACCAUGGUAUCAUUUUUGCCAAUGGAGAAUCUUGGAAGCAGAUGAGAAGAUUUGCCCUUUCCACACUUAGAGAUUUUGGAAUGGGUAAAAAGACUAUUGAACACAGAAUUCUGGAAGAAAGUGUAGCUCUGAUAAAGGUUUUUGAAUCUUUUAAAGGACAGCCAUUUGAGAACACAUUGAUCAUGAACUCUGCUUUGGCCAACAUAAUCUGUUCCAUAAUUUUCGGGCACAGAUUUGAAUAUGAUGAUUCAACAUUCAUUCAGUUUUUAAAAAUUAUUAAUGAGAGUGUUAGACUAAGUGGAUCUUUUAUUAUCCGGCUUUACAAUGCCUUUCCUUUUCUAGGAUUCCUUCCUGGUGCUCUCAAACAAAUAAUUAAGAACAGAGAAGAUUUUAAUCGUGAGAUAAAAAAGAUUUUUGCUGAAUUUAAAUCUACUCUUAAUCCCAGUGAUAUAAGAGGUUUCACUGAUGCAUUCCUUGUCAAGCAAGAAGCUGAGAGGGCUAAAAAUGAAGCCACAUAUUUUGAUGAUGAAAACAUGCUUUAUUCAACAACAAAUUUGUUUGGAGCUGGGACAGAAACAACAUCUACAACACUCCGAUGGGGAUUUCUUUUGAUGGCAAAAUACCCUGAGAUACAAAAUAAGGUACAGAAGGAGAUUGAAAGUGUCAUUGGACCUGUGCGACCCCCUACUGUUGAAGAUCGUAAAAAUAUGCCAUACUGCAAUGCAGUUAUCCAUGAAAUACAAAGAUUUGGCAAUAUUGUUCCCAUGAAUCUUCAGCAUGAGACCUCUAUGGAUACUUAUUUCCGAGGUUAUUUUCUUCCAAAGGGAACUCAAGUGAUUCCUUUGUUAUCAUCUGUACUUCGAGACAAAACUCAGUGGAAGACACCAGACUUGUUUAACCCUUCACAUUUUCUUAACACUGAAGGGCAGUUUGUUAAGAAGGAUGCAUUUAUGCCUUUUUCAGCUGGACGAAGAGCUUGUCUUGGAGAAACUCUGGCCAAAAUGGAGCUUUUUCUGUUAUUUGUGGGUGUAUUGCAGAAAUUUACCUUCUGUCCUCCACCUGGUGUUACUGAAAAGGAACUGGAUUUUGAACCAUGCCUUGGGUCAACACGUUCUCCCAAACCCUUACUACUCUGUGCAGUACCUCGAUAAUGUGCAACACCAUUUUAAUGAAUUGCUAAUAAAAGAACAAUAAAAUAA